UGAAAUUGGCUUUAUUUGAGUAUAUAUUCGAAAGCAACAAGUGUAUAAUGACUUGAAAUUUGACAAAGACCUGUUCGACAACUCUGUUAGGAAGUAAAAGCCCUGAGAACUAGUUUAUAAGAAUAUAGCCCGCAAAAGGGUUUAUUUUGCCCGCAGGCAAGGUCAAAUUUCAACAAACGAAAUGUGUAAAUUCAGUGCAGAAAACUCAAACAAUGAAAACUGUCACAAUUUAGAAAGAUUUUCUUUGACGAAGCCUAGGUAUGACCAGGGCACAUUUUGGGGUCGAUAUAGACGAUGCCUGGACAUCAUAGAUCCUCGGACUCUGCUUGUCAGCAAGGAAAAGGAGAAAGAAUGUCUCUCCUUGUUGCAUUUAUAUAAAGAAUGUCAACUUCCAUCUCAUGUCACAGCAGAACAAUUAUGGGAAGCAAGAAAAGUCAAGGAGGCAGUGUUUCAUCCAGAUACUAAUGAAAGGAUAUACAUGCCAUUUCGUAUGUCAGGUUUUGUCCCAUUUGGCACUAUAACAGUUGUUGGCAUGUUGAUGCCUGCCCCAAGUUUAUCGACCGUAGUGUUUUGGCAGUUGUUGAACCAAAGUCAUAACGCUGCUGUGAAUUACUCUAACAGAAAUGCUACAAAGCCAACGCCAAACAGUAGAUUUAUACUGAGUUACGUUGGAGCCAUUACAAGCGCUGUUUCUAUUGCUGUUGGAUUGACUGUUUUUGUUCAAAAAACAAAAAUGUUUUCACCACAAGUGAGACGGUCUUUACAAAGAUUGAUUGCAUUUCCUGCUACUGCAUGUGCCAAUGUGUGUAAUGUUCUUUCAAUGAGAAGUAACGAGCUUAUAGAAGGAGUGGAUCUUGUAGAUAGCAAUGGAAAUGUUCAAGGGACAUCAAGAAUUGCUGCUAAACGGGCAAUUUACGAAACGAUAAUCACAAGAAUUUUUUUGUCUGGUACAGUAUUAUGUACUCCUGCGAUUAUUAUGACUGUAUUGGAAAGAGCAAAAUUCCUCAAAAAACAUCCUCGUUUUGUUCUACCAACUCAAGCGAUCGCCUGCAUCUUAUCAUUUGGCAUUGCUUUGCCUUUUGCUAUUGCCCUCUUUCCUCAGUUGUCCCAGAUCGACUUAAAGGAUACAGAAAAAGAAAUUCAAGCAAAUUGCAGAGAAUCUAUAUUAUAUUAUAACAAGGGAUUAUGAGUUUGAUCUUUAUACGACAGUAAUGCCCCCUAGCUAUACACGUGUGAGUUAUAUGUAUUGACAUUAACGUCACAGGCUUCAGAUGAAACGAUUUGACAGCGCACACGCGACAACAGUGAUUUAAUUGAACGAUCUCAUUUCACGUGCAUGUAUAGAAGGAUCACUGGAAAUUAACGUAACUUACUUAAAAAAAUUAGACAAAUAGUUAGAACUUAGAAAAUUCUAUUAUAAGUAUUACCAUUCUGUCAUUCUAUAUGGUUGUUUGGUGAACGAUA